AUGGCAAGUAAUCGAACACCGCAUGGUCCCGAACGCCAUCACAAAUUAAUAGUUGAUUCGACUUUCAUUGCAAUUCCUGAACCUUAUGAUUCAGAUCAACGUAAAGCUUAUUAUCAUUUAAAAAGUCCAACGAAUUAUGCAAUGAAGGUACAGAUAGCGUGUGACUUUCAUCAUCGAAUAGUACAUGUAUCCGAAUGUUAUCGUGGGAGUGUACAUGAUAUCACAAUUCUAAGAGAAUCGGGACUAUUAAAACAUGUGAACGAUUCUGUGCAAAUUAUUGGUGAUAAAGGAUAUAUUGGGGAAGAUUAUGUGGUAACUCCAAGGAAAAAACAACGUGAACGUGAAUUAACAGAUGAAGACAAAAAUUUCAAUCGUGACAUUAAUAGCGCAAGAGCAGCUAUAGAAAAUAUAAAUCAACGUCUCAAAACCUAUGCUAUUCUAGGUGGUGUUUAUCGAGGAGCGAUUGAUGAUUUUGAAAAAAUAACUAAGAUCACACAAGUUGUUUCUGCUCUAUGCAACAUGAACUUAGAUAAACACCCAAUUCGCAAAUAA